CCCUGACUGGACCAUCGUCACCUCGUACUUCUGUCUGUCACCUCUCACUUGACGCACAACUUCGACUCCCCCCUCGUUCGUAUCUGAAACUUCCGGCGCAGAUCAGAUCCCCUGCGCUUCCUCGCUUACGCCACAAAGGGACACAUCGAAAGGAUCUCGUCGUCGCCGAGCCACACUUGUCUCCCGUACUCCGCUCUGCCCUUGCAACCACUUCAGCUACCAUGAACCCAGAGUACGAUCUCCUCUUCAAGCUCCUGCUAAUCGGUGACUCCGGUGUAGGAAAGUCUUGUCUUCUGUUGCGAUUCGCAGACGACACAUACACUGAGUCGUACAUCUCGACGAUCGGCGUUGACUUCAAGAUUCGUACCAUUGAGCUCGAGGGAAAGACUGUGAAGCUGCAGAUCUGGGACACAGCCGGACAAGAGAGGUUCCGAACCAUCACAUCUUCGUACUACCGAGGAGCCCACGGUAUCAUUGUCGUCUACGAUGUCACAGACCAAGACACCUUCUCGAAUGUCAAGCAAUGGCUGCAGGAGAUCGACCGUUACGCUACCGAAGGAGUCAACAAGCUCCUGGUGGGCAACAAGAGCGAUUUGGUCGGCAAAAAGGCAGUAGAGUACAACGUGGCCAAGGAAUUUGCCGACCAACUCAACAUCCCCUUCCUGGAGACUUCUGCCAAGAGCGCCACCAAUGUCGAGCAGGCUUUCCUGACCAUGGCAAAGCAGAUCAAGGACCGAAUGGGAUCUUCGACCGUGAACAACGCUGGUGGUGCCGGAAAGUCGACACUGAAGGUGGGCCAAGGUCAGAACGUCCAGGCACAGAGCGGUGGUGGUUGCUGUUAAGAAGAGAGGACAUUGCACG